CAAUUUGUUUGGAAUUUUUUUAAUUGAUAAAAUUCGCUCGAUAAAACGCGAAGGAAGAAAGUAAUCGAUGUUGGGUCGAGUCCUGAUCCAAAUCAACGUGGUCAAGGUCUGUAACGAGUAGUUUAUCGGAAGAGGGGGAGGGGGUUUCUCUCGCUUUACGAAACGGAGAAUCGGGAAAAGGAGAAAGGUGAGGAGGAAUGAUGGACGUCGCGAAGCAGGAAAUCCUUGCUCCGUUUUUCCUUUCCUUUCGUCCCUUUCGUUCAAUCGACGCCCCAUUUCCGCGUUCUCGUUUCUCCAUCGCCCGAUCGAAGCCAUCGUUUCGCCAUCGUUCGAGAAGGGAAGCGCGAUGGAAGCUUCGUCGAAUGAAUGGUCGAUAAUUUUCUUUUCUUUUUUUUUUUUUUUUUUUUUCUCCCUUUUGUCACUACAUCGUUGAAUUUUUCUCGAGCAAAGAAUUUUUCUAUCCGUGCAAGAACCGCGAAAUGAGAAAUAAAGAAAUAAACAAGUAAAUAAAGAAAAGAAAAUAAAUAAAUACCCCUUGUUUCACGACGAAGAACGAGCAAGUUGCGAGAAGGAGAAGGAAGGGAGAAAGGGGCGAAGGAGGGGGAGGGGGCAGAAGAAUUUCGCGUUGCGAUGCGAUGCGACAUGCCUCGUGCCAUUGAUGCGCGAAACGUUGAUGCAACGUUGGGAAGAAGCUCUAUAAACCACGGUGGUAUGCGUGGUUUCGCGGGUAAUCGAAAACCCAUCGUCGUCGUCGUCGUCCACUUUCCAGAGAAGACCCAUCCGUCGUGUUCCCACGUGGGGAACAUCCGAUUCGAGGCCCUUCUUCCUUGGAGGAGGAGGAGUUGGGGGGGAGGGAGCGGAAGCGAUGGGAAAUAAAACGCCGCGGAAACGCGGCUGGGAACGCUGGCUAAAAGUCGGCCGACUUAGGCGACUCCGUUCGAGCGAACGACGAAGGAAACGCGCGAUGAGGGGGCUACGAUGAGGCUUCUUCUUUAUUUUUUAAGAACGGGGGAAAAGGUCGGCGUUUCGUUGCGUUCCGUCGGGGGUGAGAAGCGACGUAUCUCCGUUUCUCCGUACUCGGCGGAUCUCGGGGGUGGUGGAAGGGGGCGGGAGGGCGCGUAGGUUGUCGUCGGUGGUCGUGGUUGGAGAAGGUCGGUGUGGCGUGGCGGCGGCGAAAUUGGCUUAGUCAUCGUCGCGUUAUUACGGGAUAUUACGGGGUAUUAGCGGGAAGAGCCGCAACGACCGACGACGAUUGCCGCGGGGGGCGAGGCGGGGGAGGGGGGAAGAGAUCGGCCUAUUCGUGAAUCACGCUUCUCCACCUCGCGAAGCUCGUCGAAUUCCAGGAACGAACGCGACGCGACGCGAGGUAAACCGAACGAAUAGGAGCAUUUAGCGCGAGGCAAGGCGAGGUGGGAGGGGGGAGGAGGCGUGAGAUCGUACGGCGGAGCGUGAGAGGCAGGACGCGACCAUAGCGUCGAAUAUCCGUGUAUCCUCGUUCCAAUCUCGUUAAUUCCUCGCUCUCUCUCUCUCUCUCUCUCUCUCCCUCCGUUUCAGGAUCGAUCGAUCAACGUGGAGGACGAUAGAGGAGAAGGAUUGAUGGGUAAGGCGUCUUUCCAAUGAUGCAAGCUCGCGAAAUUCCGCGUGACGUGUCGCGCACGCCUACCAACGAAAACGCGAUCACGCCAACUUUUCGUUCCACGAAAGAAACGCGCGAGGGACACGAACUACGCGCGCCACUAGCGGGAAUUCGUUUCACCGAUCGAUCGAUUCCCCGAAAUCCGAGCAACGCUCGUCUCUCGUCGUAUAAAGCGAUAGCUCGUCGGCUCCCUGGUACUUUCGAGGUGGAAUUUCGAGUAGACGAUUAGACGAGAAUAACGAGAGAGAGAGAAAGAGAAAAAGAGAGAGGGGAAAAAAAAUAGAAAGAAAAAAAUAAGAGACUCGUUCGUGGAUUCGUUUCACGAAUACGAACGAGACGAAUAAAUAUAAAGUGAAUAAAUAUAAAGUAAAGUAGAAAGAGAAAAAAGGGGGGAAAAAAGAGAGGAAAGGGACGAGGGGAGGGGCGAGGGAGGGAGGAGGAUUGGUCGUUUCGAGGCGACUUUUGACCUGAACCAGCGCGAUUACUCCAAUCUCUCUCGGUUCGUUCGUUCUCUCCGAUUUUGUUCCAUUUAACGGUUCUUCCGGUGAUAAGAAGGCACGGACGAGGCGGCGCCUCGUCGCUUCCGCGUCGCACGUUCCCGCGUGUGAAGAGAGGAAGAAAGGAAGCACAAGAGAGAAGGAAAAAAUUCGAACCUCGAUCUCGAUCACGAACUCUCGUCUCGUCGAGAUCGAGAUCGAAGAUGUAGCGAGCGUGUAAAAAAUAUAAGCGUACGAUAAAUUACACGAUAAGUACAACAAUAUAUAUACAUAUAUAUAUAUACAUAUAUAUAUCAGCAGUAGGAUCGAUCGACGUCGAAGACGACGACGACGACGAGUACCGAGGAACGAGAAGGAAAACGGAAUCGACGGAUCGCGGUGGAUCGCGAUUGGAAGCGCGAGUGGAGCAGGCCCCAGCCGGCGGGGAGCAGUAAAUGGGAUGGAUAUAUACGCGAGUGUGCGUUCCCGAGUACGGUAUUCGGCAGUCGGCGCGCGACGUUCGAACGGAGCGGGUCGCGUUUUUCCGUCCCGUUCCGUUUCAAGUUGUCGCGGUCUCCCUUCGAUCGCCAUCGUGAUCGUUCGAUCCCAGCGAUCGCCAGCGGAACGAAGGGCGCACCCUCCGCUUGGAUACGCGAGGAAAAAAUCAAUCGAUAGAAAAUCGUCGUAAAUGUUGGAUCGGUUCGUGUUUUAAGAUGACCGCCUCGGCAUUGCCCCAUUUAUCUUCUCCAUCCUGUCCCAUCCGACUCGAUUCUGUCUCGCCGUCCACGUCGUCGUGGUCCUCCUCGCCUCCGCGGUCCUCGCGGUUCCGCUCCCGGUCCUGGUCCUGGUCGUCGCGAUCCUCCUUACCUCGUGCCCCGUUACCCACGCGCAGAAAGAAGAAACCGAGCCGGUGGACGAUCCAUCGUUGCGAUCUCUAUCGUUUGAGAUUACGUCACGCGGUAAAAAACGCCGAGCUUGGAAACGCGAGGUCCCGAAUUCUCGGUGGCGAAACGUCAAAAUAAGAAUCACAAUUUGGAGGGAGGGAGGGGGGUUAGGUUGGGGGAAGAGAAGGAAGAAAGUGAGAGAAACGAAUUGGUUCGAGUUGUUCGUUGCGCGUGACGUGAAAAAAAGAAAAAGAAAAGAGAAGAAAGAAGAAGAAGAAGAGGAAGAAGAAGAAGAAAAGAAAAAGCGAGAGGGGUAUGUCGAUUCCAAGUGUUGGAAGAUAUCGAUCGGGAAAUCAGAGAAACUCGGGGGACGAGACGAGAGGGAAGGAGAAAAGUGAGAUAUAAAUUGAAUCGAAGAGAUAGGGGUGAAAGGUGGAUCGCGAGGUUAAACUCGUGGAUUGAGGAGCCGGCUAUGAAAGGAAAGCUGGCAACUCGUGGUCGACUCGUGACCCGUGACAACGAGGGACAAGAAGAAGAGAGGAAGAAGAAGAAGGCGAAGGCGAAGGCGAAGGCAUCGGUGCGGCCGCUCGAGCGUGAUUCCGGCCGCGCUCGCGUCGCGCCGCUUCCUAUUCGCGGCACGACCAUCCCACGGAUUGGACGGACGGAAGCAGCAGCGGGCCCGAUCGAGGAGACGGCGAUUCCGUUGAGCCGGGGGCUCGAGGAUCGGCCGAGGAUAGCCUCGGUCGAGACGGCGCCGGCCGACAAUCGUCACCACCACCGUCGCCACCUCCAUCGCUACCACCGUCGUCAUCGCCACCACCGUCACCACCACCACCACUACCACCACCACCACCACCACCAUCACCACCACCAUCACCAUCACCAUCGCCAUCGCCACCGCCAUCACCAUCGAAUAUUCGAGAGGGAUCAUCGUUGGAGAAUCGUUGGGCAAGGGAAAUGGACGAACGAGGAGGAGAGGAAUGGAGGAGGAGGAGGAGGAGGAGGAGACCGAUGCAGGAGCGUGAUCAAGAUCGAUGGAUCAUCGAUCUCUCGGUUAUUCGGGAUAGCGACGUUGGUGGCGGUGGCGGUGGCGCUUUUCGUGCCGAUCGCGUCGCCCGUGCCGCUCUCCGGAACCGGUCCUCGCCACGAGGACGACCUCCACCGCUUCACCGGUCUCGAGGACGUCUACGAGGAUGUUUUCCGAGAAGAGGAUCGAGCAACGGCGUCGAGGAGCACCGACGUUCUCGACGAGACCGAGCUCGAUAUUAUCAGGAGGAGCAUAGCGCGUGGUCUUGGCCUCGAGAGGAUACCCGACCCUUCCAAGGCAAACGUCAGUCAAGCCGAAUACGAGAGAGCGCACAGAGAGUACCUGAUGAGAGUACAGCCCUCGUUUUCCAACGAAGCGACGACAUUCGGAAGCGAAAAGAAGCUGCACGUAUUUCCCGCUACAGCAUAUCCUGGAAACGUAUCGACCGAGACGAGCGAAAGGGAAAAACCUUACCGUCACUGUUUGUUCUUCCCCGUGGAGAAGGAUCUGGAUCGCGCCACUGUCGAUCACGCAACGCUUCGACUGUUGCUCCACGGGCCUACGACCGACCAAUAUUAUUCCCAACCUUCCGAAUUGGACGUGUUGCUUUAUCUCGGAGUAUCGUCGUUCCCUCGUCGGUCGAUAAGGUUGAUCGAUCGUACAAGAAUACGGUCGGAGGAUUGGCGAAACUCGAAAUGGCUCGAACUCGACGCUACUCUCGCCGUUUCCUCGUGGAUCGAGGCUCCCGUUUCCAAUCUUGGACUCGAAUUGGAAUUUUUAUUGGACGGAGAAACGGUGACGCGCACCUUUUCCUCUCCGGUUCUUAACGUGUUCACCGCGACUCCUUUCGCGUCGACCACCGCUCUCAGACGCAAACGUUCAUCGCCCGAACAAGUGAUGUCCCUACACAGAGGUCGUAGGACCAAGUGCAAAGGUGAGGGUAAAAAGUGUUGCAGACACGAACUCACCGUCAUGUUUAAAGACUUGAAAGGUUUCGAGUUUAUCGUUUAUCCGAAAACUUUCGAUGCCGGAUAUUGUAAAGGACGAUGCCCGCCUAGAUACAAUCCGGCUCAUCAUCAUGCUCUUCUACAAAGUCUAUUGUGGAAAGAAGAUAGAAAAAAAGUGCCUAAACCGUGCUGCGCGCCCAGUAAACUCGAUCAAUUGAUGAUCGUUUACUUCGACGAGAAUAAUUCCACUCGGUUGAAAGUUUCCGAUUGGAAAAACAUUCAAGUACUCGAAUGCGCUUGUUCCUAAAUAUUUCCCUUCUUCCUUUCGUUCUUAUUUUUCGGAGGAAGGGAUCAAACAAAUCGACCGAUGGUAAUUUUUAGCCGUGAACCAACAACGAAUUUACCAACAACAAAUCCGUGGAUAGGAACGAUCGAUCGAACUUAAAAAACCUGUACGAAAGGACCAGAGUUUUCAUAGUCGUAGACGACUCACCAAAGAAUCGUCCGAACGUUGUUCGUUCUUUCCGACAAAUCCAACGUUUUUCUUAUUAACGCAUUGCACCAAUCUUUUUUUUCCCGUUCAGUCCCUUACUGUGCUUCAUAUAUGUAUAUGUGUACGUAUCUAUUCCGUCGCGACAUUUACGAACGUAAUCGAUCGAUGAAACAAUCUUUUAUGGAAAACGAGAACGCGAAAAAAAAAAAACUUGAUCGUAUUACUGUUCAACUGUCGAUUCGAUUCGACCGAGAUAUCGUCGAAAGCCCCGGUCGUUUGGUCCAGGCUUUUGCAUUGACUGUGAUAUUGAAAAAUGUCUAACCCUUAAUAGUCGAAAGGCUGUGCUUAAAUCGCACAUAUAUUAUAAAAAAAUGUGUCGACUAUUAAGGUAAUAUCUCUGCUUAUAGUAAUAGUAUUUCAUACUUAUAUCUUUACCUACCUAUCUUUUCUUCUCUAUCUUAUUUUUUUUCAGCUAUUUUGUGUAUAUGUGCUGCCCUUCUUUUUUUUUUUUUUUUUCCUAUAUAUUUUUUUCUUUUUUAAUAAAUAUCAUAUGCGUAUACAAUAACCAUUACAAUGACAACAGGGAAUUCCUAAUGGGAAAAAGUGCAACGGCGUUUUUGAUCGUGUGGUUAGUAUCGUUUAAACGAAAUAGUUUUAUUCUAUGUAUUAUUUAUUUGAUCAAAUAUUCAACGAUUAUAAUUCGUACAUAGUUAUCAAAAUAUUAUCGAACGAACUUUCGAGAAAUCGUAUAUAUAUAUAUAUUUUUAAAUGAAUCUAAUCGAAUAAACUUAAAACUUACAUAUACAUAUAUAUAUGUAUAUAAUUUUUAAAAAGAUCGAAGGUUCGAUCGAAAUUUCGUAAACGACUGACGAUCAUCUUUGCACGUCGAGAAACUUAUUUACGGACUUACGAACGUAAUAGAUAUUCGUCGACUAUUUACCAAUAAAUUCUAAUAAAUCUUGCUUCAAUUUCGAUGUAAAUGUAUACAUGUCAAAUACAAUUCUACUGGUCUUGUUAGUAUUAAAUAAUAUAAAUUAGUAUAAAAGUUAGCCCUAUUAUUAUAUUGUAUCGUGAAUAUGCGAAUACUUAUUCGCCGAGUCAAUUUCGAUCGCGCACCAUAAUGGAUAUUGUGACCUCGCGUUAUAUAUUCUUUAAUUGACUACUAUCGAUGAUGUAAAAUAAAAUUUUAUUCCUUAUUUAUACAAUAA